AUGAAGAUGAAUCCUGUAUCAGGUCCAAAUCAAUAUAAUACCAAGUGGAUUCGGAACAUUUUACAGAUUCAAUUAAAGUCUCUUAGAACAAAACAUUUCUACUCCCCAUCUCAUAUUAAUUCUGAUUUCAUAAUAUCCAAAUCUCCCGUCAAAACCCCUCUUCCAUUUUUCAUCAAACCUUAUCAGGCUCCAAAACGUUUGAAGUCCCACGCUCUUCGAAAAAUUUUCACGUCAAAGACAAUCAAGACCAUGUCGAGGAAGUCUGUUUUCAUCACUGGCUGUAGCGAAGGGGGAAUUGGGGAAGCUCUAGCCAAGGAAUUUCAUAGGAAUGGCCACCGAGUCUUCGCUACGGCUCGCAAUCUUGCCAAAGUUGGGCCUCUGAGGUCCCUUGGGUUAGAAAUCGUGAAACUCGAUGUCGUGGAUAGCGAGUCUAUCAAACAGGCAGUGGAAAGUGUCCAAAAGGCUACUGGCGGAUCCUUAGAUUUCUUAAUUAAUAACUCCGGACGAGUAUACGGUCUCCCACUUCUCGAUUCAGAUCUUUCCGAAGCAAAGAAGCUAUUCGACGUUAACGGAACCAUCGUUAACAUCGGGUCUGUUGCUGGAAAGUUUCCUAUGAUGUGGCAGGGAUACUACAAUGCCACCAAAGCCGCCGCCAAUAUGCUUACUGACCAGCUUAGAAUGGAGCUUUCUCCAUUCGGCGUCAACGUCAUUCAAGUUAUAACAGCGGGCGUCAAGACGAGGAUUUUCGAUAAUAUGCCAUCGGCUAAAUUACCAGAAAGCUCGUUAUAUGCACUAGCGCAGGACAUCAUGGAUUCCACGACGGUGGUAGCGGUAGUGGAAAGGGAUGGCAUGGACGUUGAUGAAUAUGCUCGGGCGGUAGUGGCUAAUCUACUGACAAGUAAUCCGAAGAAGAACCAUUGGGUGGGGGGUUCCGUGUGGAAGGUUUGGAUUAUUUCCCAUAGCUGGGAAACUAUCUGGGACACGUACCUUCCAAUGCUAUUUAGACUUCCUGAAAUCACGAAGUUGCUCCAGGCAACAAAAAAAGCCCCGAAACGAGUAGCUAGGUGA